UUUAUUUUCUUUCCUCUGGGCAGCCAAGUUUGACGUACAUAACCCUUUUGCCUUUUGCUCUACCAAUAUAUCCAUAAAUUUGGAUGCUUGGUGUUUCAAGAGGGCACAGAGACAGUUGUGAUCUGCCAUGGAUUCAAGCUGCAGCAGUGAAGUAGAGUUUGAAUGUUUACCCUUGUUCCGAGUCUUUAAAGAUGGCGUUGUGGAAAGACUACGGGGCACAGAAACCGUGCCCCCUUCUGAUGUCCCCCAGAACGGCGUCGUAUCCAAGGACGUCGUGAUUUCGCCUGAAACAGGUCUCUCCGCCCGUCUCUUCCUCCCGAUGACUGCCACCCCCGACCGCAAACUCCCGAUCCUCAUCUACAUCCACGGCGGUGGUUUCGUCAUUGAAUCUCCAUUCUCCCCGCUCUACCACCCCCACGUCGUUUCUCUCGCCUCGGCGGCCAACGUCAUCGCCGUCUCCGUCCACUACCGGAGGCCCCCGGAGCACCCUAUUCCCAUUCCCCACGAUGACACGUGGGACGCUUUUCAGUGGGUCGCUGCUCACUCCAGUGGCCAAGGACCCGAACCCUGGCUCAACCACCACGCCAAAUUCGAUAGAGUCUUCUUCGCCGGCGACAGCGCCGGAGCUAACAUCGCCCACAAUAUGGCGAUGCGAGCUGGAACUACCCAACCUCCUAAUGUAAAGAUUUGUGGGAUAGUUCUGGUUCAUCCCUACUUUGGCAAUAAUGGGCCUGAUAGAUUAUGGAACUACCUAUGCCCAUCUGGGGUUCACAACUCACUGUUUAACCCAGCGGUGGACACAAAGCUAUCAAUCUUGGGAUGCGGAAAGGUGUUGAUAUUUGUGGCCGGAAAAGAUGGGUUGAAAGAUAGGGGUUUUUGUUACUAUGAAGCGGUGAAGAAGAGUGGGUGGGGUGGAGCUGUGGAGAUGGUGGAGAGUGAAGGAGAAGAACACGUCUUCCAUCUCUUCAACCCUGACUGUGACAAGGCUAGGGCUUUGAUACAAAAGUUUGCGUCUUUCAUGAACCAGGACUAGAUCCAAACCUUGGUUUGAGCUUUUGUUUUCUAUCUGCAAACAUGAAAUAAGAAAUGAUGUUGUAGUUAA